AUGACAGAAAUACCGUACGCGAAAGACUUCUUCAAAAUUAAUCGUUGGAUGUUAAAAUGCGCUGGUCUUUGGAAACCGGACACCACAAAUAAAACUAUUCAACUUUUGUAUAGAGUUUACGUUAUUGUCGUGUUUCUUUUUGUAAAUUUAUGGUUUACGUCCACCGAGUUUGGCUCGUUAUUCUCUACCUACAAGGAUGAAUAUCCUUUGAUAAAAAACGUGAAUUUUUUUCUCACCCAUUUUAUGGGGGCUGUAAAAGUUAUUUUCUGGUAUUUUAAGGGUAAUUGUCUGAGAAAAAUAAUGCAGACUUUAGAAGAUCCCAAAUAUCAUUAUGAGAGCUGCAAGGCACCGCCACUGAGUAAACAGUUUAUAGCUGAGUGCGUUUACAUGGCUGCAAUGUUUUUUCAAUUAUAUCUGUACUGUUCUUUUGGAAACGAAGUUACUUUAGAGUUUCAGGAGAUUUCAGUUAACAUCUGGAAUAGUAACUGGCUUGCAACAAACACAUCUUUUAAGAAAAGUCUCGUAUUCACUAUGUUAAGAGUUAAAAGACCUGUUUAUUUUACAGUGGGAAAAUUUUCACCCUUAACAUUAUCAACCUUUGUAUAUAUAAUUAAAACAUCAUAUUCGAUAUUUGCUCUGAUUAAGAACACUUCUGUGUAAAAUUAAUUUAUAUUCAAUUCACGCUAUUUUUUUG